GGGGGGAGCCCGUGCGUGCGGCGCGUGCGCGCGGCGUCGGUGUGUAUGUGAGGCUCUGACGGGUUCAAAAUGGCGGCGGCGGCUUCUGUAAGAGGACAAAGGCGCAGGAGAGACCUGGAGGAAGAGGACGACGACAGCAGUCCUGGCGUGUCCUUCUCGCUCUCUUCCGAGGAGUCGGAGAUGGAGCCCGAGGAAGAGCGGAUCCGUUACAGCCAAAGACUGCGUGGCACGAUGAGGCGGCGUUACGAGGAUGACGGCAUCUCCGAUGAUGAGAUCGAAGGGAAGAGGACAUUUGACCUCGAGGAGAAGCUGUCCACCAACAAGUUCAACUCCACCUUCGUGGUCUUCAUGGAAGGCAAAGACUUCACAGUUGAGUACAUCCAGCGGGGCGGCCUGAGGGAUCCACUCAUCUUCAGGAGCUCGGACGGCCUGGGGAUAAAGAUGCCGGAUCCGGACUUCAGCGUGAACGAUGUGCGGCUGUGUGUGGGGAGCCGACGGAUAGUGGACGUGAUGGAUGUGAACACGCAGCGGGACAUCGAGAUGUCCAUGGCACAGUGGGCGCGCUACUACGAAACGCCAGAGGAGGAGCGGGAGAAACUCUACAACGUCAUCAGCCUGGAGUUCAGCCACACCAAACUGGAGAACCUGGUGCAGAGACCCGCUACGGUGGAUUUGAUCGACUGGGUUGAUAACAUGUGGCCCAGGCACCUGAAGGAAAGUCAGACAGAGUCUACCAAUGCAAUCCUGGAGAUGCAGUAUCCAAAAGUGCAGAAAUACUGUUUGAUGAGCGUCAAGGGCUGCUACACAGAUUUCCACGUGGACUUUGGUGGCACUUCUGUGUGGUAUCACAUCCACCGAGGGGGAAAGAUCUUCUGGCUGAUCCCUCCCACACCCCAGAACCUGGAGCUCUACGAAAACUGGCUUCUCUCAGGGAAGCAGGGAGACAUUUUCCUUGGGGACAGAGUGUCAGAGUGCCAGCGCAUUGAGCUCAAGCAGGGCUACACGUUUGUCAUCCCCUCAGGUUGGAUCCAUGCUGUGUACACUCCAAUGGACACACUGGUUUUUGGGGGCAACUUCUUACACAGUUUCAACAUCCCUAUGCAACUCCGGAUCUACAGCAUCGAGGACCGCACACGAGUCCCAAAUAAAUUUCGUUAUCCCUUCUAUUACGAGAUGUGUUGGUACGUGCUGGAGCGCUACGUGUACUGCAUCACCAGCCGCUCCCACCUGACCAAGGAUUUCCAGAAGGAAUCCCUCAGCAUGGAUAUGGAGCUGAGCUCCUCGGACUCAGUGAACAUGGAAGAGGAGGAGGAGGAGGACGACGACGAGGACGCAGCAGGGAAGGAAUCCCGGCGCCCCAUGACCAGGAGGUCCAUUGUCACCAGCCCCAUCGCCAACGGUGCCGACGUGGACUAUGACGAACUGGGCAAGAGCUGCCGGAGCAGCCUGCCGGCUCUCAAGAAGACCCCAUCCAUAGACUCCUCCGACUCCAGCCGGGGCUCCCAAAACGGCCAGGCCUGGGACCCGAGCGGGGGCAGCCCCCGCAAGAGCAGGAAGGUGCACCUGACCCAGUUCGAGCUGGAGGGACUGCGCUGCCUCGUGGACAAGCUGGAGUCGCUCCCUCUGCACAAGAAGUGCGUUCCCACCGGAAUUGAGGACGAGGACGCCCUCAUCGCUGACGUCAAGCUGCUGUUGGAAGAAUACGCAAACAGCGACCCCAAACUGGCACUUACAGGCGUCCCCAUCGUCCAGUGGCCCAAGAGAGAUAAGCUAAAGCUGCAGGCCCGGCUGCGGGUGCGCCUGCCCACCAUCCCCAUCACCAAGCCACACACCAUGAAGCCAGCGCCACGCCCGACUCCCGUCAGGUCCACAGUGUCUCCCAUCGUGUCGGGCGCCCGGCGGAGGCGGGUGCGGUGCAGGAAAUGCAAGGCCUGCAUGCAGGGCGAGUGUGGCAUGUGCCACUACUGCAGGGACAUGAAGAAGUUCGGCGGGCCCGGCCGCAUGAAGCAGUCCUGUGUCCUCCGGCAGUGCUUGGCGCCCAGGCUGCCUCACUCGGUCACGUGUGCACUUUGUGGGGAGGUGGAUCAGAACGAGGACUCGCAGGACUUUGAGAAGAAGCUCAUGGAGUGCUGCAUCUGCAACGAGAUCGUUCACCCUGGCUGUCUGCAGAUGGAUGGGGAAGGGCUGCUCAACGAUGAGCUCCCCAACUGCUGGGAGUGCCCCAAGUGCUACCAGGGUGACGACACGGAGAAGGGCCAGAAGCGCAAGGUGGAGGAGAGCGACGACGACUCGGCGCAAGCCAAGGUGCUGCGGCCCCUGCGGAGCUGCGAGGAGCCCCUGACCCCCCCGCCCAACUCGCCCACCCCAAUGCUGCAGCUGAUCCACGACCCCGCGUCCCCCCGCGGGGUGGUGACGCGCUCGUCGCCGGGGGCCGGGCCCAGCGACCACCACGGCGCCAGCCGCGACGAGCGCUUCAAGCGCCGGCAGCUGCUGCGGCUCCAGGCCACGGAGAGAACCAUGGUGCGGGAGAAGGAGAACAACCCCAGCGGCAAGAAAGAGCUGUCGGAGGUGGAGAAGGCCAAGCUGCACGGCUCCUACCUCACCGUGACGCUCCAGCGCCCCACCAAAGAUGUCCACGGCACUUCGAUCGUCCCCAAGCUCCAAGCCAUCACGGCCUCCUCGGCCAACCUGCAGCACUCGCCGCGCGUGGUCGUGCGCCACGCGCCCGCCAGGACGCCCUUGCGGAGCGGGGGCGACGAGGAGGCGGCCGCCGAGGAAGAGGAGGAGGAAGAGGAGGAGGAGGACGAGAACACGGAGGAGGGGGGGGCGGCCCGGCUGAACGGGCGCGGGGGCCGGGCGCAGGAGGGCGAGGAGAGCUGCGUGCAGCGCGAGGUCUGGAUGUCCGUGUUCCGCUACCUCACCCGCAGGGAGCUCUGCGAGUGCAUGCGGGUGUGCAAGACCUGGUACAAGUGGUGCUGUGACAAGAGAUUGUGGACAAAGAUAGACUUGAGCAGGUGCAAGUCCAUCACCCCCCAGGCGCUGAGCGGCAUCAUCAAAAGGCAGCCGGUCAGCCUGGACCUCAGCUGGACCAAUAUCUCAAAAAAACAGCUUACAUGGCUCGUCAACAGGCUGCCAGGCCUGAAAGACCUCAUCCUAGCGGGCUGUUCCUGGUCUGCGGUCUGUGCUCUCAGUACCUCCAGCUGCCCCCUUCUCAGGACCCUCGAUCUUCGGUGGGCAGUAGGAAUCAAGGACCCUCAGAUCCGGGACUUACUCACGCCUCCAACAGACAAACCCAGUAAGCUGCUGCUGCCCUGGGGCUGCCCUGGGCUGGACAAGGGAAGGUCCCCAAGGCAGUCCAUCCACUCCGUUUCUCCUUCUGCCCGCGCAGGUCAGGACAAUCGCAGCAAACUCCGCAACAUGAUCGACUUCCGGCUCGCCGGGCUGGACAUCACUGACGCCACGCUGCGCCUGAUCAUCCGCCAUAUGCCCCUGCUCUCCCGCCUCGACCUCAGCCACUGCAACCACCUCACGGACCAGUCGGCCAACCUCCUCACCGCCGUGGGCUCCUCCACACGCAACUCCCUCACCGAGCUCAACAUGGCAGGCUGCAAUAAGCUGACGGACCAGGCCUUGCUGUACCUGCGCCGCAUCUCCAACAUCACCCUCAUCGACCUGCGGGGUUGCAAACAGAUCACCCGCAAAGCCUGUGAGCACUUCAUCUCGGACCUGUCCAUCAACAGCCUCUACUGCCUGUCUGAUGAGAAGCUGAUCCAAAAAAUCAGCUAGAGACCCUCCCCGGGGCAGACUGAGGAGAAGGAAAAGAGCCCAUCCCACCCCUCUCGGAGAGCCGGUCCGCCACCUUCCCCCCUCGCCCUGCGUGUCCUGCCGCUGCCUCCCACCUGACUCGGCAGGCAGGGCCGUCGCUGGCCUCGCUCCGCUGUCCUUCCUCCUCCUCCUUCCCCGGGACUUCUGCCGAGGAGGACGUCCCGCCAGGCUGGCCAGUACCCGAGGAGGAACGGGCAUGUGGCAGGGAGCCUCGGCCCAGAGGCUGGCCGCUCCCGAGGUGGGGGCUGCAACAGAGGCCUCUGUGCAGAGAAAUGGGGCACCCUCUCCCCCCAGCUUUCCCCCUCCUCCCCGUCAUUCCCUUGCCUUGAAACACUUGUCAAUUCCCCGGUAGCACAAAGCUUGAGGGUCGAGGUCUCUCCAAGGAAGCUGGAGCAGAGCCAGAACACCCCGUCCCCCUCUGCGCCACCACCAGCUCGGCGCUUCCCUGCGCUCUCCCCUCCUUCCCCUUCCCCUCGUCUGGCUGCAGGGACUGCUAUCCACCCCCCUCCUCCUCCGGCACAUCCGGGCAGUUCUUUGGGCGCCCAGCGCAGGAGCCCCGUGGCUGGGCUGUCCCAGGAGCAGGGGGAUAUCUCAUCUGUCCGAGGGGAUGGAACAGGGGAGAACCCACAGGUACACCAGAGCUCAGGGAGGACUCGGGAAGCAUCAGCCAGGGGUGAGUGAGCGAGUACGGGGCGGGGACAGGAGCUGCCUCCUCUUCCUCCCCAGCUCCCAGCGCCACCAAGCACUCGGGGGCCGGAGGGGCAAGGGCUGCUCCGCGGCCUGGGACCGAACCGGCAUCGUUCUCUCCUUCCCCCCCACCCCCUUUUCGCUGCCGAUUUUCCUUUGCAAUGAAUGGUUGGUCCAAAGAACCUCUCUCUAGGGCAGCAGAGAGCUUUUUGCACUUUAAAAAAAAAAAAAAAAAAAAAAAAAGACAAAAAAACCAAAACAACAACAACAAAAAAAAGACAAGGAAAAAAAAAAAAAGGAAAAAAAGGUUGGAAUCUUUCUUUUUCUGGGUCACUAUUUUAUUUCCCUCCCUGUCCUGCCUGUGCCUGGACGCUCCCCCUGUCUGUGCCCCCAGUGUCAGCACCCCGCUCUCUCCCUGGCAGCGCACCGAUAGCACAAUCCGGGGUGUCCCCUCCGUGCCACCACCACCACCCCCGCUCCCCAGCCCCGCACCCCCCCCGCUGCUCCCGAAGCAAUAAAGGAGGAGAGGUGGCCCGCGGGGACUGUCCCCGGCAGGGGGACGCGAGGGGACAACCCCGCAGUGCCUGGGACAAGGGGCAGCGUGGCCCAAGCGGCGCCGGAGGGCUCGGAGCAGGAAAAUCCCCCAGGCGAGAGGAGGAGCCUUCGGCCUCUCUCAGCGGUGGCUCCCGGCAACGACGUCGGAAGAAUUAAAAGCUUUUCUUUUUCCUUUGGAUUCCUUUUUGAGUUUUGCAACGCGAAAGAAAAUUUCCGGAGCUGGGGUUGUUGAGAGGGGCGAGGUGGCCUCUCCUCCACGGGGACAGCACCCCCUUCCCGCCGUGUCCCCCCUCUCUCCAGCCGCAGAGACUCCGGUGUGCGACCCUCCUCGCCACCCCGGCGUGGUGCAAAUCCCCGAGGAAGAAAAAAAGAGAAUUAUAUAUAAUAAAAAUCACUUAGUGAUUUAAAACCAACCCAGCCUGCUCCCUGAAGACAACUCCUGCAAGCAAAGUCACUUGUUUUAAGGGUUUGGUUGUGGUUUUGUUUCGUUUCAAUCCCCCCCUCCCCCCUUCCCUCCCUUCCUCCUUCCCUUCCUUCCCCGGAGAAAUAUUGUAAAUAUCUAUUUUUUUGUUGGCGAUUUAGAGUCCAUCUCUGAUGUUUGUGCUUUAAAAUUAAAUGUAAGCAUUAAGGGUAAAAGCAAA